AUGGCGCCGCAACGUCCACCGCUGUCAAUCAGCCUCCCGGAGCCUGUCGACCUUCAAUCAGGCUUCUUUGGCCAGCUUCCGAGGACGCCAGAGCAACAGAUCGAUGAGGCACCAUCGCCAAUUGGGCCGCCGCCUCCACCGCGCGCGCAGCCCUUCAAGGUUCGCCGCCGACGGACUACGAUCCCACGGGAGGAAUUGGACACUCUGCUUUCCGAUACGGGAAUUAUCCCGACGAUUGAGAUGACUGAAGUGCCUGCGCAGUCAACAAGCCCGGCGAUGCAGUCUCAGUCGCCUCGGUCAGCUCACCUGUUGUCGCCAAUGGACAUCAGGAGCCCAUUCACUCGUGCUGUGACGCCGCCUAAGACGCCAGCGCCGCGUCAUGCUCACCCUCACUUCAGCCAGCUCGAGAGUCCUAUCCAGGAGUGGGACCUCAUCAAUGAAACCACCCGCCCAUUCCAUCGAUCAAGCUCCAUCUGCUCCUCCUUCUCCGAUUCAUCCUUGUCGUCCUGCGGUAGCUCUGCCUUUUCGCUACCUACUACUGGUGCAUGUGACAGUCCUCGCAGCGAAACAACGGACCCGUUCCUCGACGAUGACGCAAAUAAAAUUCAGAAAGCCACAGCAGGUCCUGCUACUGAAUUAGACAUCACUCCCCAGGCUAAACGCCUCAAGGUCCGACGGGUUGCGAACUGGACGACCCAAAUGGACCAGCAUCUUUGGAUGACAUUCAUGGCCUAUCUCUCAGAUCCUACGCUUACACCCUUCAAACUGCUGCCUGGGAGCACACCACCAAUGGGCGUGUGUGAUCAGGUCGCCACCAAAGCAAAGCGCACAUGGCGAUCACGCAAGACCAUGACGCUCAUUUCCGAGUCGAUCGAAAAUGUCUUGGGCUCGACACCUGUACCUUAUCGCGAAGGAUCACCCGACACCAUUCGACCCACUUCGCUGCAGAACACUCAGUCGAAAUGGCCCAAAGUCGCGGCAACCCGCAAACGUCUACGG